CGUUUAUUGUACUUUUAGGAACCGCUUAACUCAUAUCUCAACGCGAUCGCAAAAUGCGUACCGAAUACCUGGUCGUUCUGAUUAUAUGCACUUCCUGUAUCUGCGCUUGUGCUGGAGAUAGCUAUUCCGGGGAUAUACAAAGCUCGAACUCAUUGGAUUUCGGCAAUGAUAGUGGGGGCUACAGCUAUAGCUCCCCGCCGAGCAACAGCUACUUGCCUCCAGCCACUCCUGCUCCGGAGUACCUGCCUCCGCCGAACAAUGGAUACCAGUACAAUCCGCCACCGAACAACAACUACCUGCCACCGCCUAACAACAACUAUCUGCCUCCUCCUCCUGAAUAUGGACCGCCAGCUGGCUAUCCUUCCUAUGGGCCACCGCCUCCUCCGUUUUACAAGCCAGCUCCGUUCAUUCCCUAUCACUCGCACGACUCCAUUCUGGAAAAGCUUAAGUCCAAGAUCAAUCUGUACACGCUCGGAAAGAUAUUGCUCAAGCUGUUGAUAUUCAAGAAAAUCGUCAAGUUCAUCGGCCUGAUUUUCUUGCUCUUGGUUCUCCCGAAGCUGAAAAACAUUUUCAAGGAUGAUAUGAUGUCUGGAUCUGGUGAGAGCGAUGGAAUGGAGAGCAAACUUGUAGAGACAGAUAAGGAUAAACUAGCCCAACAAAUUGAAAACCUCUACGAUUUUGUAAUAAACUCUAUAGAAAAUUUUGAAGGAAGAAGUUCGUAGAUCAAUACCAAAAUUAGUUAUAAAUGCAUUGUUACAAAUUGUAUUACACUUGAUUAUUUAUUUGUUAAAAUCUUAUGAAUAAAAGUAUUUCGUAUUUUACU